UCCGUAUUAUUUCUUUGUUUUCACCGUAGUGUGGGAAUAACCGCUGGCUUUUAUUUCUCCGAGUCUAACGCAGUUUUGUGUAAACAUAAAUUAUCAAAAGUCAUGCGCGAGGUAUUACAGGAACCAAUAAUAUCAGUCGGUUCAGAUCCGGCUUUGCUGCUAUAUUGUCUGUGAUGUGUGAAACAAUGAAAUAAAAAUUAGAGAAGGCGAACGAAAGAUUCAGCCUCGUGACUACAUAGAAGUGACAGUUACGUUCACAGUAAGAUCCCUGAAAGAAGACAUGAAAUUAUACCCAAAGCAUCGAUCCACGACUCUGACGUUGAAUUAGUCUGUGAUAUACGCGUGUAAUUCUAGGUUGUGGGGUCCUGCUUCUUGUUGCUUGACUUCAAGUUCCCAGAACGUUUUCACCUUGAAAUUAUGUAGAUUUCUCCUCUUGAAAGCAGUGGAUGGAGAGAAGUGUCUACUGAACUUGUACCUUAGAAUGGACAUUGGUGGCUACCUGCAGCAUAUACAAGUGACCAGUCAUUAAACGGACUUGUCGAACAACGUUACAACACCAGGCACUCAACAAAGACAUACAUUUCAAGAUGGCGCUUAAUGAUGAUUCGUCCGUAACGCCCUCUAUCAACAACACCGUUUUAGGAGACGAAGAAGACACUCGAUGUCUUUACUUCGAUUACAACUAUGAUAUCACGACAGCGGUGGUUUGUGGGAUGUAUCUGGUAUUUGGAGUUGUUUACACACUCUAUGGUUACCGCUGUUUCAAAGCUGUCAUGUUUCUCACUGGGUUCAUCUUUGGUUCUGUGGUGGUUUAUCUGAUAUGUUUGGAAGAAAGCCUGCUUUCGACAGCUGGAAACUCUGGUGUAGCUCUUGGAGCGGGUCUGCUCUUUGGACUUAUUACCAUGUUAGUGCAAUACGUAGGACUCUUCAUGACGGGGUUUCACAUGGGGUUGUUUGUUGGGGUGGCUUCCAUCAUGAUAGCUUACCUGUGGUAUUCACCCACUACAGUGUGGAUUACAGUAGGGAUCUUGCUAGGUUGUGGACUCGUGGGUGCUGUGGUCACUCUGUUCUUCCAGAAAGUGCGACCAAGUAGGAAGGCACGCCAAGUUAAUCUUCAGCGAAUCAGACGAGAAGAAACUCGAGCUGAACAGAGACAGAGGAAGUAUCGUUAUCUCUACCAAGUGAGAACAGCACACGGGGAUGUAAUAUCUCAGAGCUACAUUCAAAGUCUCCAGACUAAAGUUUGCCCACCUGACGAUAGUCUGACCACAAUCCACUCAGACUUGACUCGUCUAACAGUCUUGAACCCAUCAGCCAGCACCACCACCACCUUGAGUCAAGUUGCCUGAUAAAUAUUUCUUCUCUCAAGUUGACUCAUCUAAUGGUCCUCAACCCACCAGCCAGCACCAGUACCACCAUGAUUCAAGUUGCCUGAUAAAUAUUUCUCCUGCUUCCAAGUUGACUCAUCUAAUGAUCCUCAACCCACCAGCCAG